CGAGUCGCGGCCGACGCUGCGGCUGCAGGAUGGUCGGAGGCGGUGGCCGUGGCGGCGGCGGCGGGAAGCGGCGGCUCGGCAGAGAGGGACAGCAGUGUGAAAAGACAGUUGAAGAAAAGAAAAGUAAAUCUUGUGAAGCUGAUAUCUCCAGUGAUCUUCGAAGAGAAAUAGAAAAUCAUUAUAAGCUUUCUCAGCCUGAAGAUUUCUAUCACUUCUGGAAGUUUUGUGAAGAACUUAAUCCCGAAAACCCAGCUGAUUCACUUUCUACAAGCCUUGGACUUCGAUUAGUGGGUCCUUAUGAUAUCCUUGCUGGGAAACAUAAAUUAAAGAAAAAAUCCAUAGACUUAAAUUUUAAUCUUCACUGGAGGUUUUAUUAUGAUCCUCCUGAGUUCCAGACCAUUAUUAUAGGAGAUAAUAAAACUCAGUACCACAUGGGAUAUUUCAGAGAUUCUCCUGAUGAACUUCCUGUGUAUGUUGGUACAAAUGAAGCAAAGAAGAACUGUGUAAUUGUUCAAAGUGGAGAUAAUAUGUUUGCUGCAGUCAAAUUAUUUUUGAUGAAAAAACUUAAAGAAGUAACUGAUAAAAAGAAAACCAGCCUCUUGAAAAGCAUAGAUGAAAAACUCACAGAUGCAGCCAGAAAAUUGGGAUACUCACUGGAACAGAGAACCAUGAAGAUGAAACAGAGAGACAAAAAAGUUGUUACCAAGACCUUUCAUGGUGCAGGCCUGGUUGUCCCAGUAGAUAAAAAUGAUGUUGGAUAUAGAGAGCUCCCUGAAACAGAUGCUGACCUUAAGAGAAUUUGCAAGACAAUUGUUGAGGCUGCAAAUGAUGAGGAGAGACUAAAGGCAUUUGCUCCUAUUCAGGAAAUGAUGACCUUUGUACAGUUUGCUAAUGAUGAAUGUGAUUAUGGCAUGGGGCUUGAAUUGGGAAUGGACCUCUUUUGCUAUGGUUCACAUUAUUUUCAUAAAGUUGCUGGCCAACUUUUACCUCUUGCAUAUAAUCUGUUGAAGAGGAAUCUGUUUGCAGAAAUUAUUGAAGAUCAUCUGGCAAACAGAAAUAAAGAGAACAUAGACCAACUUGCAGGAUAAAUGAGGGUUUGUUCUGUUUGGUGUAUAUUAUUUUUAAAUGCCAUAUCAUACUUACGGGGGGUUGUUUUUAAGGAACACGGAAAAUAAAUGGAAAAAUGGAAACAUUUACUAAAAACUGA